GCAGCAGAUCAAAUAAAGAAGUUAUACAAUCUUUUCCUACAAAUUGAUGCCACUCAAGUGGAGGUGAAUCCCUUUGGUGAAACUCCAGAAGGACAAGUGGUAUGCUUUGACGCCAAGAUAAAUUUUGAUGACAAUGCUGAGUUCAGGCAAAAAACCAUAUUUGCCAUGGAUGACAAAUCUGAGAAUGAAGCAAUGGAAAAUGAAGCUGCCCAUUACGACUUAAAGUAUAUAGGUCUGGAUGGAAACAUUGCCUGUUUUGUAAAUGGCGCUGGACUUGCAAUGGCAACCUGUGAUAUAAUUUCCCUUAAUGGUGGGAAACCUGCCAACUUCCUGGAUCUUGGCGGAGGUGUGAAAGAAGCACAAGUGUAUCAAGCAUUCAAAUUGCUCACUGCAGAUCCCAAG